AUGGCCAACCUUGAACCACAUCGAAAAUUUACACUAUGAUUCUGCACUAUUUAAAUAUGAAUAUGGACUUCAAGUGUCACGACCUUACUUGAACAGGAUCUGUUCUAUAGGUUGUACAUCUGUGUCCUUGAGUUCUAAGGAGACAAGAACCAAAGUCUGGUGGAUGAGUUUCUUGCCUUGAGGUUAGAGCGUGAUUAACGGUUCAAACAGACCUUGGUCUGGCGGCUGUAGAGGAUCGUUCUUGGCAGGCUUCAACCUGCUGGGAUGGCCUCAAGGCGGUCUGACAGACUUCAAUUAAGUUUUUUCGAUCUAUUCUUCUGUUAGGGGCUCUUUUUCUUGUUUUAGUUCCCUGUGUUUCUUAGAUGUGGUUUGAAUUUCUGUUAUUGGAUAUGGUGUUUUGGUGUGAAGAGAUUUGAAAGAUGAGGUUAUGUUGACAAGGUGUUUGAUUUGAGGUUAAUUCUUAAAGAUGUUCUCUCUAGUUUUUUGCGUUCUUUGAAUGGUGGUCUAGAUUGCUGCUACUUUAGGGUGGGUGUUUGGUGUUUGCUCUUCAAGUGUUCGAUGAAAUGUCUCCAAAACAAAUUCUUGAAUUGUUGUUGUUCUUAUAGUAAUAGAAAAUAGUAGGAAACAUUCCCAUUCCAUAACAUUACAACAGCCAUAUCCAAAUCGGUGUAUGAAUUCCCUAGAACUCCAUCUUUUUCCUCACUCCCUUCAUUCCUGCAAAUCCUUAUCUCACCUCAAGCAAAUCCAUGGCGUCGCCAUUAAAACACCCUCUCUCUCUCUCCCCAACCUCAUUCCCAAGCUCAUCUUUCUCUCCUCCUCCUCCUCCUCCUCCCCUGACCUUUUCUACAUUCGCUCUAUCCUUCUUACUCACUCCCAUGAUGCUCAAUUCCGCCUUAAUCUCUGCAACGCCAUCGUCCGCAGCAUUUCUCGCAACUCCACCAAUCUCACGCCCAUGGAAUUCUUGAACGAAAUGCUUCUCAUCGGCCUCGAACCAGAUGGGUUCACAUUACCACUUGUUCUCAAGGCAUUGGCUCGGACUCGAGGGAUUAGAGAAGGCCAACAGAUUCAUGCUCGUUCAAUCAAGACUGGAAUGGUGGGGUUAAACGUUUAUGUGACUAAUACACUGAUGAGACUUUAUUCCGUCUGUGGCUCUAUCCACGAUGUCCAGAAGGUGUUCGACGAAUGUCCUCACCGAGACUUAGUGUCUUGGACUACACUCAUUCAAGCGUUUACGAAGGCCGGGCUAUACAGCAGAGCAAUAGAAGCUUUUAUGGAAAUGUGUGAUUUGAGGCUAAGAGCUGAUGGGCGGACUCUGGUGGUUGUCCUCUCUGCUUGCUCCAACUUGGGAGACCUGAAUUUGGGUCAAAAGGUGCAUUCCUACAUCUGCUAUUACAUUGACAUGAAUGCAGAUGUAUUUGUGGGCAAUGCUCUGAUAGAUAUGUACUUGAAAUGUGAUGAUCUGAACUCUGCUAACAAAGUGUUCGACGAAAUGCCUGUGAGAAAUGUUGUUACCUGGAAUGCUAUGAUUUCGGGAUUGGCUUACCAAGGUCGGUACAGGGAAGCUCUCGAUACGUUCCGUAUCAUGCAAAACAAAGGGGUCAAGCCAGAUGAAGUGACCUUAGUGGGGGUUUUGAAUUCUUGUGCAAACCUUGGAGUCCUUGAAAUAGGUAAGUGGGUUCAUGCAUACAUGCGUAGAAAUCAUAUUUUAGCCGACGAAUUUGUUGGUAAUGCGCUUCUUGAUAUGUAUGCAAAAUGUGGAAGUAUAGAUGAAGCUUUUAGGGUGUUUGAGAGCAUGAAAAAGAGGGAUGUUUAUUCAUACACUGCCAUGAUUGUUGGUUUAGCCUUGCAUGGUGAAGCAAACUGGGCAUUCCAGGUCUUCUCCGAGAUGUUUAGAGUUGGUAUCGAGCCGAACGAAGUAACAUUUUUAGGUCUUCUUAUGGCUUGUAGCCAUGGCGGAUUGGUUGCUGAAGGGAGGAAGUAUUUUUUUGAGAUGUCAGAUAAAUAUAAGCUUAGACCUCAAUCAGAACAUUACGGUUGCAUGAUUGACCUUCUUGGUCGUGUAGGGUUGGUGAAGGAAGCAGAAGAGAUUGUUCACAAAAUGGAAAUCAGGCCCGAUGUCUUUGCUUGUGGAGCGUUAUUAGGUGCGUGCAGGAUUCAUGGAAAUGUCGAUAUUGGUGAAAGUGUGAUGCAAAAGUUGACGGAGAUAGAUCCGGAUGAAGAUGGUACGUACAUUCUUAUGACAAAUUUAUAUUCUUCUGUUCAUAGAUGGAAAGAUGCAUCGAAAUUAAGAAAGACAAUGAAAAUUAAGAAGAUGAGAAAGACCCCUGGAUGUAGUUCGAUUGAAGUUGAUGGUGUCGUUCAUGAAUUUCGAAAGGGUGACAAAUCACAUCCCAGAAGCAAAGUUAUAUACUUUGUAUUGGAAGGAAUUGCUACUCAUUUAAAGAGCUAUGGGAUUGUGGAACAUAGUACAUUUUGUAUAUAAGUUUUUCCUACCAACUAAAAUAAAAAAGCUUACAACUUAAUCUUA